AUGUCAAAUAUUGAUUUAUGGAAUGUAUUCGACUUUGACAGUCGAACAAAUAAUGUUUGUGAAGGUGAUGGUUUUCGUUUAAUUAAAUUGAAUUCUCGUAUUUGUUGUAAUCAUCCAAACGUGUGGACCUUGAUCAACUGUAUGAAAGCUGAAGAAAAUCGUGCACAAAGUAUUAAACUUCAAUGGUCUUCUGGCGCAUCAAAGCCGAAAAACAAACGAACAACUGCAUUACAAAGUCCAAUAAACACGUUAUAUGAUAGACAUAAUAAUUAUUUGAUUACGCCAUCCGACCUUCUCAACAGUUUAUCUUUAAUUGUAGCAAAAAAGAAGAUAAAAUUUCUAUUACGCUCUUCCUCGUCUUUCUCGUUUCUAAUUCAUGAUAAAUCAACCUUUAAAAGUGGUGAAGUUAGUCAUGAAUGCUGUUUUUUUCAAAAAGGUCAUGCUCGUCAAUAUAUGAUUUCUGACUUUCUUGUUCAAUGUCCAAGUGGACCACUUUCCGAACUUAGUGAAAAUCAAUGGAAACAAGUCGUUAGGAAAUAUCAGUCAUUAAGUGUACAUGGUGAUGUUAAUUAUCUUGAUCGAACAGCAAUGGCUAGUAUUAAUAUUCGUACAGGCGCAUAUUUCGAUAAUGGCAUGAUGCUGGGACAGUUUGAAAGGUCCUUCUAA